AUGAGGAGCCGCUGGCUUUGGCGGCUCCUACGCCCUGACGGCAGUCGAGGCGGCUGGACUUCAACGCCCCGCGGGCGUCUGUCGCCCGCCCUGCGGAGAGGUUUCUUGACAACCAUAACUAAGGCAAGUUAUGACAGGAGGCCAGUGGACAUAACUCCUCUAGAACAACGAAAAUUAACUUUUGAUACCCACGCGCUGGUGCAGGACUUGGAAACUCACGGGUUUGACAAGACACAGGCGCAGACGAUUGUGUCGGUCCUAAGUACGCUAUCGAAUGUCAGCCUGGACACCAUCUAUAAGGAGAUGGUGACUAAAGCCCAGCAGGAAAUAACAGUCCAGCAGCUAAUGGCUCACUUGGAUUCCAUCAGGAAAGACAUGGUCAUCCUAGAGAAGAGUGAAUUCGCAAAUCUGAGAGCAGAGAAUGAGAAAAUGAAAAUUGAAUUAGAUCAAGUUAAGCAGCAGCUGACCCAUGAAACCAGUCGGAUCAGAGCAGACAAUAAGCUGGACAUCAACCUGGAAAGGAGCAGAGUAACAGACAUGUUCACAGAUCAAGAAAAGCAACUUAUGGAAGCAACCAAUGAAUUUACCAAAAAGGAUACCCAAACCAAAAGUAUUAUUUCAGAGACCAGUAAUAAAAUUGACACUGAAAUUGCUUCCUUAAAAACACUGAUGGAAUCGAACAAACUUGAGACCAUUCGUUAUCUUGCAGCCUCGGUGUUCACUUGCUUGGCAAUAGCAUUGGGGUUUUAUAGAUUCUGGAAGUAAAAUUGACACCCCUGCUGUUGCUGCCCAUCACGCCUUAGAGUGUGCUACUACAAAUUCUUCAAAGUGCCUAUGGACUAAAUAGCAGUAUUUUGGUGUUUUAUUUUUGUGUUGUAUGACGUUACUGUAUUGAAGAGCUGUCUCCCAAAGCCCUGUUGGAGAUAGAACAUUUUGUCCUUUUGGUAACUGCAGCAGCAGAAACAGUUUUUACAUUUGAGUUUUGCAGCUUUGCUAAUGAAGUAGGAUUUGUUAUCAGAGUGCAUACUUGAAAACAAUUCUAUAUUCUACAUACUUACUGGAUUUUAUGUCCCUGCUGAUUAUUGCAGUUAGUUUUUUUAUAUAAAAUAAAAGACUACAGUGAAGUUGGUUGGAUUUUCUAAGUAACUUCCUAUGUAAGUGGAGUUUUUUUGUAGUGAAUAAUAAAUUUUAAAGUGUGUACCCUA